AUGUUUUAUCUCAGAUGUGUAAAGGGAAAUAUAUUUGUUGACCCAAAAAUCACACUACACUGUUGCAAUUUCUCUGUCGAAAAGGUGCUAGAGGUACCGUGCAAGCAAGCAUGGCGACCGCGAUCAUGCUGCAGUGGCUGGGUAUAUCCCCUCCCGCUAGCUGAGGAUGGGCUCGAUGAUGGGGCUCCUACCCUUACACAGGUAUAUUCCCACAUUGAACUCGAUUAUUGCAAUGAUUGGGUUGAUUUGGACAUACUGUGCCUUGAAUGA